AUGUCGCUUGCCACGGACGACGGGCUGGUGUCAAUCAGUGACGAUGAGCUGAUCGAAGUCCAAGUCACCCGAGCCUCCUCCACGACGAGCAACCGGCCCGCGGCUCCAGGCUCGAUAUUCGACAAUAUCCUCAAUCCCCGGGGCAUCACUUCGCGGGCGCGGGCAACCAUGGAGAGCCUGGGCUUCCCCAUGGCCGGCAGCAGCAACUCCAGAAGACCGUCCCAGUCGCACGUCCGACUUCGACCGCCGCACACGCAAUCGACGCUUCCUCGCUCAUGGACCACGACCCCAGACUCGACCGUCAUCGACCUGACAGCAGAGCCAGACUCGCCCGUCGAGCGCCGAAGAACGCAGCCGACACAGACAACGCAGCAGCAGCCAUACAUGCCUGCCAGGAACCCGCGGAGGACGAAUUCCCAGCGGAUAUCGCCGCCGCAAUUAUCCCGGAGCGACAGCACGUUUGUAGGGCAGCAGCCGAGCUUCAUAGAUUUGACCGAAGACUCGCCCGAAGACGAGCAGCGACCGAGUCGAAAUGCCUGGCGACCGCAACCACCGCAGCCACAGCGAAUCCACCGGCAGCACCGCCGACACCACCACCGCGGCCACGACCAUACCACCCAGGAACACCUGCUCGCUCUGGGCUACAUGCCUCACGGCCAAGACUUUGGCAUAGAAUCCUUUCGGAGAUUAGCCGGCCUCAUCACCGGCGAUAUGAGCCUCCCAAACUCGUUCAACUCCGCGCACAUUCCUUCGUCGUCAUCAUCGCAGCAGCAACAAGAGCCACCAAAGCCCCCUCUGGAGCCUCUGCCUCCUGCGAAGCCGGGCUUCACUCGAGAUACAUGCACCGACGCCGACAGCGAGCAGGUGGUGAUAUGUCCUGCGUGCAACGAGGAGCUCGCCUACGACCCUGCGGAUUCACCGGCCACGCCGUCCAAGAAGAGGAAGAGGGUUGCUGGAGAGCAUCAUUUCUGGGCACUGAAGAAAUGCGGUCACGUCUAUUGUUCCGAUUGCUUCGAAAACAGAAGACCGACCAAAUCCACCCCCGACGGCGUAGGCUUUCCCUUCUUAAACAAGGAAGCUGCUGGCCCUAAUGACAUACGCUGCGCUGUGGAAGGGUGCGAGACAAAGGUGGCUUCAAAGACCGAAUGGGUUGGCAUAUAUCUCUAA